UCUCUGUUUCACUUAUAAGAAGACAGCACAUUUCAUUUACAGAUACGAUGACUGCUCAAACAGUAAAAGUAGUGCUGUCACUGGACGCCAAAGAGGUCGACUCACUCAAAGAAGGAGUGAAUUUCAAGAAAAACCCAGAGAAUGGAUGUUGUUACAUCAUAUACAAAAUGAAGGAUGGCUAUAAAGCAUGCAAAAAUCUGUGCAAACAUCAAGGAGGGCUUUUCAUUAAAGACAUUGAAGACCUGGAUGGCAGGACUGUUAAAUGCACUAAACACAACUGGAAGCUUAAUCUGUCAUCAAUGAAAUAUGUGAACCCGCCUGACAGCUUCGUCCAGGAUGAGCUUGAAAUAGAAAUCCUGGAUGAUAGAGGGCUUCAGCUGCUGGAGCUGAGCCCAGUUGACCCCUGGCUGRCUGAUCCAAGAGAGGCUCUGGAGCUUCAUGAAGGAGAAGUGAAAAUAACCUAUCUCACACAUGCCUGCAUGGAGCUGCAGCUUGGACAGAAGCGCUUCCUGUUUGACCCCUGGCUGAAGGGUCCUGCUUUUGCCAGGGGCUGGUGGCUUCUCCAUGAGCCUCCAGCAGAUUGCCUGGAUAGACUCUGUGCAGCAGACCUCAUCUACAUCAGCCAUAUGCAUUCUGACCACCUCAGUUAUCCCACACUCAAAGUCUUGUCAGAGAGGAGGCCAGAUGUCCCCAUAUAUGUUGGUGACACAUCCAGACCAGUCUUUUGGUAUUUGGAGCAAAGUCAUGUCAAACUGACCAACAUUAAUGUCACUCCUUUUGGUGUUUGGCAAAAUAUUGAUGAACACUUGAGAUUUAUGAUUCUGAUGGAUGGUGUUCAUCCUGAAAUGGACACAUGCAUCAUUGUUGACUAUAAGGGUCACAUGAUCCUGAACACUGUAGAUUGCACCAGGCCUAAUGGGGGCAAACUACCACAGAAUGUGGACUUGAUGAUGAGUGAUUUUGCUGGGGGUGCGUCUGGAUUCCCCAUGACUUUUUAUGGGGGGAAAUACACUGAUUCCUGGAAAGCAGAGUUCAUCAAAAACGAAAGGAAAAAGUUACUGAACUACAAAGCUCUGCUGGUCAAAUCCCUGCAGCCCAGGAUCUACUGCCCAUUUGCUGGGUAUUUUGUGGAGGCUCAUCCAUCAGACAAGUACAUUAAGGAAACAAAUGUUAAAAACAAAGCAGAGGACCUGAAUGCACUGAUCAAUAAACUUGCACCAGAAGUCAAGACUUGGACACCCAGGCCUGGUGCAGUGCUGGACCUCAGCCUCGCUCUGAAAGAUUCCACUAACAGCAAGGCCAUCACUGAUCCUCCAACCAAUGCAAAAGUCUACAAGGACAGCUGGGAGUUUGACCUGUAUGUGAACGAACUGAACAGCGCCAUAAGCAGUGAGAUUUUCAAACAUCCAAGCUGGAUCCAAUUUUAUUACAACUGGGCAGGCUUUAAAAACUACAACCUGGUGGUGCGGGUCAUUGAAACAGAUGACAACUUUGAACCUCUCAGUGAAGGCUACGACUAUCUGGUGGACUUUAUGGAUCUGUCUUUCCCCACCACACGGCCCAACAGAGAGCACUUCUACGUGGAGAUUAAAAACAGGGUGGGGGUAAUGAGGUACGUGGUGCUGCGCGGCUGCCUCUGGGAUGAUCUCUACAUCGGCUUUCAGAAUCGCAUCAGUCGAGAUCCAGACAUCUACCACCACAAGUUCUGGAACCACUUUCAGACACAGCUACCAAUACAUAGUCCAGACUGGGACCAAUUUCUGCAGCAGGCACCUCCAGUCCAGGAAGCAAAUGGGAUACAGAGGGCACUGGGCUACUGUGCUCUGCUUUAAAUUUAGAAAUGUGGAUUCACGAGGUUCUGUGAUCAGCUUGUAAACAGUUCAGGGAGUACUUUGGACAGCUAUGCUGAGUGGUUAGAGCUUCAAUGAGAGAGUUGGAGGUUUGUGUCUCUGGGCAAGACACUGAGCCCUUCAUUAGCUUUGAUGUGUGUCUGAUCGGUUUAUCAAUGAGGUUAAAAACACUGAUUUGUUUCUGUAGAAUGAAUUAUUUAGAUUAACUUUGUAAAGAUGAUAAAUGGGUAGUGUUGUAAAGUGUUUUAAGUAUCCUGAUUGGAUAGAAAGGUGCUACAGUUUUAUGUUUACUUGCCUCUUGUACUCUGCUGAAGAUAGGCACUAGGGUCUCCCCGUGAUCCUACAUGUAAAAGCAGGCAAAGCAAACACAAAUCAUUUAGAUCUCAAAUUUGCACUAGCAUAAUGAUUUGUAGUCUUUAUAGCCCAUAGACAUGAGGUCAGCCUUGGUGCAUGCAGGCUCCACAUGAUGGUUACGCUUCAACCACUCUCCAUGUUCCACCCAGGAGCCUCAUACAGUCAUACGCCCUGAACCUUUCCACAUUUUGUCACUUUACAAGCACAAACUUCAAAGUAUUUUACUUGUCAUUUACGUAAUAGACAAACACAUAGUCUGUAUGGAAGUAGAAGGAAAAUCAAGCAGUGUAUGGUUUUCAACAUGUUUUACAAACAAAAAUCUGCAGUGUGGUGUGCAUUUGUAUUCAGCUCCCCUGAGUCAGUUCUUAGAACCACCUCACUGCAAUUCCAGCUACAAGUCUUUUGGUGUUUGUCUCUAUUAGAUUUGAAUGUUUACAGAUGGAAAGUUUUGCUCAUUAUUCUUUACAGACUAGCACAAACUCGUAGACUGGAUGCAGUGUCUUUGAAGAAAUUACACGUCUCAGUUUCUAAA